AUGUUUAGAGAUACAGAAUUCGGCCCUCCGACAUCCAUCAUCGGCCUAGUCGUGCGUUUCUACAACGGCUUUCUACUUCUUGUAGCUUCGCUAGCGGUCCUAUCACUGGGCUUCACAAUGUUUGGUCUAUCGCAAGCAGACGGACUGAGCGGCCCAGCGCUCGCGGCAGCGGCUCUACUAACCAGUGCCGCCAUUACCGCCAUCGCUACCGCCGUCAUCAUUGGCAUCCUUCAAUUCAUGUCCCGGUCCGUAAACGGUCGAUACGAGAGGUCAGAUCUCAUCAUGUCUUGGGUACCUCUGUUCUUGUUUGAUGUCUUCAUGCUGGAAGCCAUAGCCGGCGUAUUGCUAUGGUAUACCAACAAUUUCCCGAAUGAGCUUGUCAUCUUAUUCGCUUCAGAAAUACUCGUCUUGCUCAUCAUUUUGAUCAUGUUAUCUUUAUGGGCUAGGCGAAAGAUCAAAACCUUAAUUUCCAUGUCCUGUUUUGUUGACGAUGAAGCUGAAGGUCUUUAUUUCGAUCAAGUACACGACGGGGAAGAUGGGCUCGACAUUACAAGAGAAAACAGGUUCUCACGCUCCACCGAGCCUUGUCGGGUAUGA